GGAGCGAGAGCGAAACGAAGACCUGAUAUUUUGUCCCAUCCUCGCUCCUCUUCUCUCUGCUAGAUUCCGAUUCCGGUGUCAUUGGCCUCUAGCGCGGACCAAACCAUCGGCGACCUCGUCUCAUCCCUCCACGGCGAUUCGUCGCGAUCAGGAUUCCCUCUUGUGAUGGAACUCGGCGCCGACGCCGGCGAUGACUGUGACAGGGCUCGGAUGCUGGCCCAGCUAUUAUGAUGAUCCUUUGCUUUCUCCUCUUGAUGCUAUUCGCUCGUGUAAAUAGUCAGCAAGGUGAUGUCAAAACAGAGACUUAUGUACUGGAUGCAGCAGAGCAGCUUAAGAAUGAACUUCUCAGGUCGAAUCAAGGAAACAAAAUUUUUGCAAAAUGGUUUGGGGAUCCAUGCUUCCCUUCCCCAUGGCAAGGCUUCCAUUGUCAAAUGUUAAACCAUUCGUUAACUAUCACACAACUGAAUCUCUCAUCAAACAAUUUGCAAGGAUCAGUUCCAGCAUGCAUCAGUGUCUUAUCAGAGCUAAAGGAGCUGUAUUUACAGAAUAAUAACUUCACAGGGUCCAUCCCAGAAUCUUUUGUGUCACUCCGCCAAUUAUCAAAGCUGUCCAUAGAAUGCAAUCCACACUUGCAGGAUCAACUUCCUCUUGGUUUACUAAGAGGCAAUGUUACUGUAAGUUCUGGAAACUGUCCCAGUACAGAAGCUUUCGAAGCCACUUCUCAUAACAAAGUUUAUUUCAUACGAGCUGGUGGAUCUCUUUCUUUCAUUUGUGCACUUGGUACUUUCUUCAACUGUUUCUACAAACGGGCCCAUCGCUCUAGAAGAAGAGAACACCUGGAAAUUGAAAAUCCAGUUUUCUCAGAGUUUAGCUUUCAUGACCUUUCAAUAAGUCUGGUAGUACAUCAGUUUACUCUUAAAUAUAUAGAAACAGCAACAUGCAACUACAAAAUUUUGAUUGGAGAGGGUGGUUUUGGAUCUGUUUACCGUGGCAUUCUCCCACAUGGUCAAGAAGUUGCAGUAAAGGUUCGGUCAUCCACAUCAGUUCAGGGAACUCGUGAAUUUAAUAAUGAGGUAAAUCUUCUUUCAACAAUCAGGCAUGAAAAUUUGGUACCGCUUCUUGGUUACUGCUCUGAAAACGAUCAACAAAUACUUGUUUAUCCUUUUAUGUCAAAUGGUUCUCUGCAAGAUAGACUAUAUGGGGAAGCAGCAAAAAGGAAGACUCUUGAUUGGCCAACUAGACUUUCAAUCGUGCUUGGUGCUGCCAAAGGUUUGUUGUACCUGCAUACUUUUUCUGAGCGGUGCAUCAUACAUAGAGAUGUGAAAUCAAGCAAUAUUCUUUUGGACCAUAGCAUGUGUGGCAAAUUGACUGACCUAGGUUUUUCUAAGUACGCACCACAAGAAGGAGAUAGUGGCGCUUCAUUGGAAGUAAGAGGAACUGCUGGAUACUUGGAUCCUGAAUAUUACUCAACUCAAGUGCUAUCGGCUAAAAGUGAUGUCUUUAGUUUUGGGGUGGUUCUUUUAGAAAUCGUCACAGGAAGAGAGCCUCUUAACAUACACAGGCCAAGGAGCGAGUGGAGCUUAGCUGAAUGGGCGAGACCAUAUAUAAAAGAAGCGAGGAUUGAAGAAAUUGUCGACCCCAAUAUAAAGGGACAAUAUCAUUUAGAAGCAAUGUGGCGAAUUGUUGAGAUAGCAUCUUGUUCCGUUGAGCCAGUUGGGAGCUUCCGACCGAAUAUGAUUGACAUCAUACGAGAAUUAGAAGAUGCACUUAUAAUUGAGAACAACGCAUCGGAGUAUAUGAGGUCAAUUGAAAGCAUGGGGUCUAACCGCUUCUUGUCACUCGAAAGAACAAGAAGCAAUGCUUCUACAAUUGUACCAAGCUCAGUUCCAAAGUGAACCAUCACCAAAUUUUCGCCCCAUAUCUGAAAUAAAUAAUUCAACGACUAUUAAACAAGGAUCAGCAAUAAAUAUAUGGAACUUGAAAGAUUCCUCAUACUUUUCCUGUGUUUUGAGACUAAAUUAAUAGUGUCUUUUGUCUCGACAAGCGAUGUAGCUUCCUGCGAGUUGAAUUAUAUAGAUGGAUGGUUUUCCAUGAGUUGUUGCA